AUGAUAGCUGACCAUGAAGUUGGAGAGACCAAGAUGGAUGCCACCACCUUGGAUGAAUGGCUCAUAGCUCCAAGCCAUGAGGCUGAAGCAGCAGCAGGUCCAGAUAUGCCAAGCACCUGGAACAACCGUGUGAAGGAUAGAGUGAUGGAGGACUUGUCUUCAGUGCUCACCAGAGCCGGUGGCCCCGCCCAGUACCUGGCCGAUGUGGACUUGUUGGAGUUCGGGGAGUGGUUGUGGACAACCUUUCCGGAAGAAGAUUCAUUUCUGUAUCAUCGCACCAAAGGAUUGCCUUUGAUUCAGGAGUCUGAAGCCAGUUCAACCCCUCCGUUCUUGUGCCAUGUAGCCAGUUUGGGGUUCUCUGAGAAAUGUUCUCUGAAGCCUCCUCCAGGCCAAGCGCAAUGUCUUGCUUUGUGUGAGCAGUUCUUACUGGAAGGUUUCCUCACCACAACACCGGACACUGGGCCGCUGCUGGUGUUGGAGAACAUGCUAGUUGAAGACUCCCGACGUCCAGUGUCUUUGUGGCAUGAUGGAGUGAUAGAACCUUUGCCUUGCUUUAGUUUGGGAUACCUGAAGGGUAUGGCUCGUGCUUCAUCUUUGUUGUUUUUGCUGCACCGCUUGAUGGUGAUGAAGUUCGAUGCUUGGGAAGACCUCAGCGCUUUGUAUGCUUCGGUGAGGCGCAUUCACAUGCACAGUGUGAAGGUCAGUUCACGGGUAGAAGAGGCUUUGACCAACAUGAGGAUCAGCUGUCGGUCUUCCCUUCGGAAAGCAACCACUACACUGGAAUGCGUUGUGAUGGUGAAAAACUUGAUGAACAUGGGCAGUGUGCGAGAUCACAUGGUCUUUGUCCGGCAGUGGAACUCUAUGUCUGCCCAACAGUUUCAAUUCAAAGGGAAACGUUUGACUGCCAUGAAGUUGCUCUUUGAAGAAGCCCCUGAGGACUGGGUGAUGGGCAGUGAGGGUGAGGCCCUCCAGCUGAUCUUGAGCCAUGUGUCAGAAAUGGGUUCUGACAAGGCUCUUUGGUCGGAUGACAACUUGUCUACCAAGAAGCUUUUCCCAAAGUUUUCCUUCCCGGCCAAAUCGAAGAAAUGGGUGAACCGUUUGAAAACCAGUGACCAAAGCAUGUUGCUUGCAAUCCGCUACUUGCAUGCAAAGUUCAAGGCCCGAUCGGUGGAGAUGCGUUCCAGGCCCGAUGCAAGUGUUGUGGAGGAUGCAUCGAGGAAAGCUGCCUUGGCUUACAACUUAGCCAAUGAACUAUGCAACCUGGUGCCUUUGAGGUUUGAGCAGGUUUUCCAGGAUUGGUGUGUGGCUUGGGCUGAAGGGGAUUGCAACGUGGAUAUUGAGCUAGAUAGUUUGCUCCUUGAAAGGAGAGAAGACUUGGAUCCUCGAACCCAUGUGCCCAGCAUGAAGAAGUUGUGUGAUGUCAUCUCCCGACCAGUGGUGAGAAGCCACCAUGAGGAAAGCUCCAUCACACAAGGACAAUUUGAUUUGGUGGUGAAGCAAAUUGAAUAUGAUGUUCAGGUUUUCACCACAUGGGAGGCCAAGAAAGCCACAGCUAUGGCUAAUCGUGAUCAUGCUGCAAUGAAAUGGAAGGUUGACAAGAGGCAGCAGGCCCUCGCCGCAGCUGACACCUUCUUCGAGUCUUGCUGUCGGAUUGUGCCUUGGGACAAGAAGGUUGAGAAGAACAUCGGCGAAUGCAUGAACUUUAGGCGCCAAGUGAUCAUGAACCAAAUGGGCUUGGAGCAUGCGACCCAGAUCCCACACAUUUGCUACCUCAAUGCCAGUGCCCCAUGUGUCCUCUCCACGGUGCAUUUGAAGAACAGUGUUGAGGUGAUGACCUGGGCCUUGGCUGAGAAUAUGCAAGGCGUGGGUCUUGUAGUCAACCCAGUGUUCAGCUACCAAAAGGGCCGCAUCCUUUUGGAAGAACGCGCCUUGUAUGACCAGCUCAUGGGUGGGAAUCACAAUCUGGAUUGGGGCUUUGCCAUAAUGUUUGGCAACCGGCAGGACAACAGAGACCUCCGACCUCUGGUGUAUGCAGGCAAAUUUGUGUUUGCUUCCCCCCUCGAUGUUCAGAAGAACGUUUUUUGGAAUUCAGAGCUCCGGCGCCUUCAGCGAACCAAUGAGGUGGCCCAGCUGCACCAACGAGAUAUGCGAGAAGUGGAAAACUUGGCUGACGAUGCUUUGCCUGAGUCUACUGAUACCACCAGCCGAGUGAAAGGUGCUUCAAAAUACUCACAAAUUGGUGCAGAUUGUUGCCAUGAGCUGCUCAAUGGCUUGCUGAAAGGGAGCACAUACGCAACCAUUGGUCCCGCUCUUUUGCUGAUAGAUUUGCACAUCAUGACCGGCGACAUGCUGCAGGCAUUUUGCAAGAUGAGGGCUAGCACGCCUCAUGUCUUUUACUUCGGGUUGGCUGAAGACCAAAAUGAAGCCAGCUAUGUGGAGCAGUGGAUCAAGAAUGAUAUGGCUGACAAGUUUCUUGCUGGCGCCGCGCUCCCCAACGGGGAGAAAAUUGAGGCGUCUGUCCCCGAUGAUUUGCUGGAGGUCAUUCGGGAUGGCAAGCUGUUCAUGCCUGCCAAGCUCGUGCAAGAAUGGCGUGGACACUCAACCUGUGGGAGCCAGUUCCAAAAGGUGCUGGACAAUUUUCUUGAGACCUAUGAGGUCAUCGAGGCCCAAGCAAUUAGUCCAAACGCUGAAGAGAAGAAGCGAAAAGCUGGAGAGCCAGAAGGACAGACAACCCCAAAGAGAACCAAGGCCACAGACCCAUCGCUUUUGAUUGAACUGGAGAAGAUCGACAAAGCGCUUUUGUAUGAGUGCAAGGUUGGCACCAACGUCAAGGACUCCUUGUGGCUUCAAGUCAGGGCUGGCAACCAUAUCUUCUUGGCCAACAAAGCCAACAAGGACUGGUCAGGCAAGGAUUUGCCAAUUUGUGGCUUCGGAAAGGGAAGCUUCAAGAUGAUCAAGGGUGAUGCUGACUUGCCGGAUGGUGGGGUUGAACUAUCUUUGGAAGGCAGUUCUGACCAGAUUUGUUUCGAUGGGCGUGUGGUGCAGCUGGGAGAAGUGGUGAAAGACUUGAGGAAAAAGAACCCCGAGACCAAAGUGACUUACUUCCAGAUGAGCUUUGAUAGUGAAGAUCCCCACAAGUUCCAACUGAAGAGAACCCAUCGAGUGGUGUUCAUUCCCAGGCCUGAGGAAAAAGCUGCUGAGGUGAAGGAUUCCAACGCUGGCGCUCGUGAGAAUGUACAGCUGUGGCACUCAAGUGAUUCAGUGGCCAUCAUGUGGCACAUGAAGCAUAGCCCAGUGAAAGGCCUCAUUCCAUUGAAGCCUGCGGUGUUUCUGAAAUCUCCGGUGCAGAUCCCGCCUCGGCAAGCGUUAGUAGUUGUUCGGCCCUAG